UCCAAGCUGCAUCAUUCAGUUCUGCAGUGACUUACCAAAGCUAAAGGGAUACCAGCUUUUAAUCUUCAACUUCGGAGACAAAAAUAACCAUCUAUAACCAUGCAUAAGAAUACUAUUUGGUAUGGAGCCGUGCUCCUGGUGCUCUACUACACCCUGGUCUUUUGCGAGGAGACGGAAAAUGCGGAGCCUUCUACCCAAGUGGAUAACCAACCUGAGGAUACCUGGGAGAACCUGGGCCGGGAGCUGAUGGAGUUCGAGGGACGUACUCGUCGCCAUCGUCAUCAUAUGUUCUGGUACCGCCACUUGUGGCCCAUUGCGAUCGCCUACUGGAUCAAGGUGAAAGUGGUGAUUGUCUCCUUCUUUGUGGGCAGUGCCAUCUACUUGGGUUUCCGCUACUUCUGGCCUCACUCCAGGUGCAAUCAGGAGAUUAUUCUGGAUCAUCCACCCUCAUCCUUCAGCCACCAUGACCACAUUCCCUACUCUCUGGAUCACGACCACUCCGAUCACUAUGAGGGCCCGACUUCCUAUGAUUCCAGUGCCAGCUUUGAGCCCUACUCCGGCUACAGCAGCUAUGCAGGAUCAGAUAUCGUCUCCUCGGAUGUCCAUGGUGAUUAUCAUAGCGAGGGUCCCACCGGCCCCACUGGUCCCACUGAUGUGCGUCGUCGUGGCAGGCGGAGCACUGACGAUGAUUCUCAAAUGAUGCAGGAUGAGGAGCAGGCAGAGGAGGAGGGACAGGUUGAGAUUGUAGACGAGGAGAUCUCAGAGAGCGUAGCCCGCCAAAUGCCAGCUGAAGAGCAAAUCGCCGACUUCAUGUUCGCCUUUUUGGGUCUGGACUCCAAGGCCUGCCGUCGCCGCUUCGUCUGCGAAAUGGAGUUCCGCUCCAAGCUGAACCCCAUGACCAGCAUGGCCUUCCGCAUCGUGGGUCGUGGCUUCUUUGAGAAGUACACCAAUGCCCGCAACCCAGUGGCCAGAGCCUCCAAUUUUGGCGAGUGCGCUGCCGUUAAUCCCGAGUGCAUCUUUGUCGAGAACGAAGAGAGUCCAGAGGCGGAGUCCCAUCAAACCGAGGAUGUGGAGGAGGAGGCUGCCACCGAGGAGACCGCGGCGGAGGACUCCCAGAACGAGAUUAACCUGCAAGCGGAGAGGAGAAACGCCCAGCUGAGGAAGCGCCGGGGCGAUCGCAAGCUCAGCUCCGUUGCCGAGCACAUCCUGAUGCAGUAGAGCCAC